AUGUUGGGUGGGGAUGCCGCUGAAGGUUUGCUCCAGCCGCGCUACAAUCUCCGAGUUCAUACUGCGACGAUGAUAUCUGGCGGCCUCGGCUACCUGGUCUCGCAUGAGGAGCGGCAGGCGCACGACAAAUCGAUAAGGUUUUUCUAUCAGAUCCAUAGCUACUCACCGCAGUUCGCAGAUCUGACCCUACCGAGGAUCAGUGUUGGUGGCAAAUGGCGCGGUGUGCGCCACAAACAGCAAAACAGGAGCGAUAUUUUGCAACCUCUAGAAAGAGAUAACAUACGUCUGGCCGCAACGGUUAUGUUGCUUCGGGAUACACCGGGUGGUCUUGAGGUAUACAUGGUACAGCGUCCUGGUCGAGGCGACUUUCCGGAUCUGCAUGUUUUUCCCGGUGGCAAAGUGGACGAAGACGACUGGGCGCCGCAGCAUUGUUUUGGUGUGGAUGAUCAACAGGCCAGCGCCAGGCUGGGUGUUGCUGCAGGCGGCCUGCGCUACUGGGUUGCGGUUGCAAGAGAGUGUUUUGAAGAAUGUGGUGUGUUGGUUGUGCAUCAGAACGGUACGCCUCUGGAUCUCUCUGAAUCGCACGUACGUGCGAAAUUUGUCGAUUAUCGUCAGCAGCUGUUGGCUGGUGAGAUUUCGUUCAGCAGCUUGUGUGCAAAAGAAAAUCUGACUGUGGCCUGUGAUCGGCUGGCGUAUUUCAGCCACUGGAUAACUCCGCCUGUCGUUCCCCGUCGGUUUGAUACCCGUUUUUUUCUGGCGGCGUUACCUGACCAUCAGAUUGCUCUGGCAGAUACGGAUGAAACUGCCGAUGAUCAGUGGGAAAAACCUGUUGAGGCACUUGCCAGAUCGGCUGCCAAACAGUGGCAGAUGAUAGAUCCCACCCUGCGUUCAUUGGAAACGUUGUCGCAGUUCUCAACAGUGUCCCAGGCACUCGCUGAGGUGAAACAGGGUGAACAUCUUAUGCCGUUGACGCCGGAGUUGAAUCGCCAGGGUAUGCAGGAUGGACAACAACGUAUUGAUGUCCUGCGCGAUCUGAACCUGACAUUGCCCGCCGGCCAAACCCUUGCAGUGAUGGGGCCAAGCGGCUCAGGAAAAUCUACCUUGCUUAAUAUUCUGGCAGGAUUGGUCAGUGCUGAUGAGGGCUCGGUGGAUUUGCACCUUGACAAUCAGACUUAUGCCCUGCGCGAACUCAAUGAGCUUGCUCGAACGCGACUGCGGCGCAGUUACAUAGGAUACGUUUACCAGUUUUUCAAUCUCGUGCCGACACUGACGGUGCUGGAAAAUGUAUCUUUGCCUGCCCGGCUUAAUCGGCGUAAUGACCUGGACCUGUCGGCGCGUGAACUGUUAGCGGCAUUUGGCUUGAAGGAUCGGCAUGAUGCGUUUCCUGAAGUGUUGAGCGGCGGAGAGCAGCAGCGCGUGGCAGUGGCCCGGGCGCUGUUGUUAAAGCCACCGUUGCUGCUUGCAGAUGAGCCCACCGGGAACCUUGAUGCUGUAAACGCUGAUCAGGUCGCUACGCUUUUAUUCGAUAAUGCCAAAGCGCUGGGUCUGACAGUUAUUGUGGCCACUCAUAGUGAAGACGUUGCCAGCCGUGCUGACCGUCGCAUUCAUAUGUUUUUAUGGCGUUCACCCUGGUCAACGGGUAUGGCCUUUUUUGGCGUUAUGCUCGGUGUGUCGUCAAUUGUUGGUGUCCAUCUGAUCAGUGCAUCAAUCGCAGCUCAACUUGAUGCCCUUAUCCCUUCCCAACUGGCUGGCUACAGCCACUUUCUGCAUCGCGCAGAGGUGUCUGCAGACGACUAUUUUAAACUGCGUCGUCAGUGGCGUGAAGGUGGUUUGUCGAGUGUCGAUGAGGUCGCGCCGUUGAUUGAUGAAACCGCUGUUAUCGACGGGAAAGAGAUCAGAGUUGUUGGCGUGGAUCUGCUCAGCCCGCUAGGUGUGCGUUUAUUGGGGGAGGCUGGUCAGACGGAUGCGGCGGGUGCCCGCAACACAUCGAUAAGUUCGACUUUCUGGCAGGGUAUCUGGGUGGACGAGACUUUGAUGGCUCUGACGUCUGCGCCAAUCAACGCUGUCAUAAUCGCGCCUCCGGGUACCGUGAUUGCCGACAUCGGUGUAGCGCAGAAUUUACUUGGAUGGUCUGCCGAUCAGCUGUCUUACGUGGGGAUUGUGUACCGGUCUAAAUGGCAGAACGUUGUAGAUAUCGGAGAGCAUAUCCUGCCGGGUUUUGCUGCAGGGUUUCCGCUGCAGCCUGUUGCACAGAUACCCUCAGGGUGGACGGUGCUCAGUUUGUCAGCGCAGCAUCCGGCCAGUUCGUUUGGCAAGUCCGUGCUGUUCAAUAUCAGUGCGCUGGGACUGCUCGCAUUGCUGGUUGCCUGGUUUCUGAUCUAUCAGGUGGCAGUUUCCUGGUUACGACGUCUCUGGCCCGUCUUUGAACGUCUGCAUGUGCUUGGCGUGCCGUGGCACUAUCUGCAGCUCACCUUUGUUGCAACACUGCUCCUGCUCGGUAUUCUGGCCGCAUUGUCCGGUUUACUUGUCGGUCGAGCUCUGGCCGUUGCGCUCUAUCAGCUGGCUCUGCCGCUGCAGGCGGUAGCUGGGCCUUUCGGCAAGCCAGGUGUGUUGGGUGUCAUGUGGGAAGCGACAGGCCUGGCUGGGGGCUUUGUAAGUAUUGCCGCUAUCAGCCUGCUGGCAGCCUGGGUAGUGACGCCGUUGCUCAAAUCCCUGGCCCGAUGCAGCCCUCGCCUGCCGGGACCCAUUCUGGUGCGCCUCAGCUUGCGGGAAGCGAUCUGGUAUCCACGUGAUAUGGGCGUGGCGUUGGCAGGGUUGAUUCUGGCGGUUGCCACCGCCAUUGGCGUCAGCUUGAUGGUUGACAGUUUUCGCAGCGACUUUGAUCGUAUGUUGGGCCAGCGCCUGAGCUACGACCUGGUUGUGGAAGGCGGAGUGCUGGAUCUACAGAGGCUUGACAGGGAACUGGCAAAUAACCCUGAGGCGCGGCGGGUACAAAAUUAUCGUCAGACCCAGCUGCGGGUGGCGGGUGUGCCGAUGCAGAUUGUUGCAAGCCAGACAGAUCAACUGGAGAUGGCCCGCUACGGCUACCCGCGGGCACUGGCAAUUGAUGAAGUUCUGAUCAGUGAGCAGGCCGCACGUGCUCUGGAUCUUGGCGCGGGGGAUUUGCUCAACCUGGAUGGCUUGCCGUUCAAUGUGGUCAAAGUAUUCACCAGUUUUGGUGACGUCACACCGCGCCUUGUUCUCAAUGAGCAGGUUGUUGCCUCUGAAAAAGCUGCCAGCGCAGGUGGGACAUUGUCUAAUACACCUCUGCCAUGGGUUUCAUUGAGCAUCAAUGCUGAUGCUCCUGCAGCGCUGCUGAGCCAGCUAAAGUUGGACUAUCCAAGCUUGGAUUUCCGCCUGCAGAAUGACAUCCGCACCCUUGCGUUGGACACCUUUGAUCAGACAUUUGCGAUAACUACUGCCCUUGUCCUGAUUGCUUUGCUGGUAGCCAGUAUUGGUAUCUAUAUUGCGGUCACAGCCCUGCGCCUCAACAAAAAGGUCCAGAUGAGUGUCCUGGCUGCGCUGGGCGUUAAUCGUCUGGAGGGUAUCGGAAUGGACUUUGCUCUGGGUCUCGGCAUAGGUGUGGUUGCCAUGCUGGUUGCUGUGCCACUGGGUGUCACGCUGGGUUGGAUUCUCUGUGAUGUCAUUAAUCCACGCGCGUUUGGCUGGACGGUCACUUUACAGCUUUCAGCCCAGGCACUGAUGACCCCCGUAUUCUGGGGUUUGCUGGCGGCCAGCGCGGCAGGUUUGAUCCGCCUUGGGCGGCAGGAGCAGAGUAUGGGGCCUGGUUUUGUCUGCUUUGUCUGUUUGUUGCUGGUGGCCGGGUCAGGCGGUUGCGGUCGCGAAAUACAGCCGCAGGCCACACCUGUAAUGGGCGUGCGCAUCAGUUCCGUGCUUGGCGAGGGAGCACAGGCCGGUUUCCGUAAGGCGCAGUCGCCGCGAGAUUUUGUGUUUCCUCAAGAUCAUGGCCCGCAUCCAGGCUAUCGCAGUGAAUGGUGGUAUCUCACUGCGGUUUUGCAGGACGUCGAUGGUCGUGAAUUUGGCGUGCAGUACACGCUGUUCAGGCAGGCGCUGACACCAACCCCCACGGGUGCAGGACCCUGGCACAGUGGCCAGGCAUUCAUGGCCCACGUAGCCGUCACCGACGUUGACAACAAGCGUCACCUUCACGAUCAGCGCUUUGUGCGCGGACAUCCGCAACUGGCCGGCGUAACAACAAACAAUGGCUUCCGCGCCUGGCUGGAGGACUGGGUGUUGCAGGGUUUGACGGUAACUGCCGAGCAGUUUGAUCUGCAGUUGCAGGCACCAGCGAACCAAUUCGACAUAGACCUCAAGCUGCAGCAGCAGCAACCGAUUGUGCUGCAGGGUGACUCAGGUUUGUCGCACAAGGGCGUUGGGUCAGCCAGUUAUUACUAUUCAAUGCCGCGUAUGGCGAUCAGCGGAGUGAUUGAGGUUGAUGGGCUCCGUCAUGAAGUGACCGGACUGGGCUGGCUUGAUAGAGAAUGGAGUACCUCUGUCCUGCCUGCCGGGGUGGCAGGUUGGGACUGGUUUGCGCUGCAGUUUUUUGAUGCGAGCAGUCUCAUGGCCUUUCGCCUUCGUCGCAGUGAUGGUCUGCGUGAUGAAUAUGAUCACGGCCUGAAAGUGCCUGCGUUCAGCGGAUCUGCAGAUUCAACAGACGCCUCUGGCACUGUGCUUGAGACUGAGGAUUUUGAGCUCACACCUACUGGAUACUGGGUUGAUAAAACCGGCGUUAGCUGGCCUGUGAGCUGGCAGCUUGAUGUACAAGGCGAACAGUUUUUCAUCGAAGCGCUUGUUGAUGAUCAGCUGAUGGACACAGGCAUUUUGUACUGGGACAAACACGUGGCAGACGAUAAAACUGAAGAUCUGGAUUGGACUCAUCUGGACUCGCGAUACGAUCAGGAGGCUGGCUUGAUUCUGUUCGAAAAGCGUAUGGAUCGCAUGCGUAAUCCUCGCAACGGCAAAGAGUUUGAUCGCCUGGUGCUGGAGUCAGUGGACUGGGUCAACCUGGUUGCGCUUGACGAGGCGCAGCGCUGCAUAAUGAUUCGGCAGUAUCGUUUUGGUGUGGGUUACACCACGUUGGAAACUCCCGGUGGCAUGGUCGACCCUGGCGAAGAUUCGCUGACGGCUGCCCAGCGCGAACUGGAGGAAGAGACCGGCUAUGUAGCAGACGCCUGGACAUACCUGGGUGCGGUGGAACCGAACCCCGCCUUUCAUAAUCAUCUGUGUCACCACUGGCUGGCUGAAAAUGCCAGGCCCGGAUCUGCGCAGAACCAGGGUGAUGGAGAGGCGAUCAGAGUAGAGUUGAUGGAUGUGGAUCAGGUCAAACAGGUUGUGCAAAGCGGCGAGUUGAAACACGCGCUUGCGCUAUCGGCCCUGUCGCGGGUCUAUCAAUUGUGGCCGUUGCCGUUCGCUCACGACGAGGUUGAGCCGGAAUCCGGGAAACUCUAG